ACCAUGGCAACGUGACCUCACCCCUUUCAGGAUGUUCCCUGAACUGUGCUGACGUCUCACACAUUUCAUUUCCGGGUGCUUUCAACAGAUCACCAGCCGCCCCGCUUGUUGGCGACGUCGCCCACUGCUACUCGCCACAAACUCGGGAGGAGCAGGGGAGACAGCGGUUCGCGCCCGCGCUUCGUCACUGGCUAACGGCAGCGCCGCUCUCACCCUCACCCUCACCCGCAAGUCGAGCCUCGGCCCGAUCAUGCCGCUGCUUUUCCUCGAACGCUUCCCUUGGCCCAGUCUGAGGUUGUACACAGCCCUCAGCGCGGUACUGCUCGCCGCCAGCCUCUUCAGCGCCUACUCUCACCUCAGCCUGCCCCCGGGCCAAGCUCCGAUCUCUGUCCCUCGUUACCAUCCCAACCUCGGCACUCCCAUCCCUAUUGACGCCAUAAGCGGCGAUCUACCGGCCGCCGAAGCCAACAGCGACGGGGAUACCGGAGCAGACCGCGAGCAGCGCGUCCACCCCGGCGCAGGGAUCUACGUUGACCAUGGUGAGCCCGAUUUGGGACUCUCGGGCAGACCGGAGUGGGCUCAAGGCCACGGAUUCGCCCUGGAAAUAGCCUGGUACCUGGUAUCAGACGGCUGGUGUAUUUGGGUGUUGGUGAACACAGCCUGUUGUUUUCUAAUGUUGAUUGGAAAGCUGAUCCAGUAUGUCGUGUUUGGAACUCUGCGGGUCAGUGAAAGACAGGUAAGAGGAAAAGCCCUUUCUCUUGAGUUGAUAACACAUGUUUAUGGGAAUUCAAGAAGCCAUACUCCUGCCCUUGUACUUAUUAAUCUUUGGGACCUGAAUCACGAGGGCACUUGGGAGAGCAAAGGCACCUCUGUUUAUUACACGGAUUUUAUCAUGGAAUUGAAACUUCUCUCAGUGACCUAA